AUGGCAGAAAGAGGACACGCUUUAAAAUAGGACAUAAGCAAAUUGGCUUGGGAGGAGACUGAUUUUCCAAUAGUUUGCAACAAUUGCCUUGGUGAAAAUCCUUAUAUCAGAAUGGUAUCCAUUUAUUAACUAAUAAAUUUCCAGCUCAAGGAUAGAUUUGGAAAAGAAUGUAGAAUCUGUGCAAGACCAUUCACAACCUUUAAGUGGAAGCCUGGGAAUAAUUCAAGAUAGAAAUAGACCGAAAUUUGUCAAACUUGUGGCAAAAUUAAAAACAUCUGCUAAGCUUGUUUUAAAGACUUGGAAUUUAAUAUGGGAUUAUGCACUAGAGAUAAAUUUUUAGGAGAUUAAAAAAUCGAAAUCCCUGAACAUACAGCAAACAGGGACUAUUGGGCUGAAUAAGCCAAUCGUCAAAUUGAAAGAUUGAUUUUACCUUAUGAUGCCCCACUACCUAUGUUGGAUCAGAUCCUAAAAGAGCCAAGAUUAGCUGAUGUAAAUAAUCAAUUAAAUGAUGGAAAAUCAGAACCGGCUAAUUAAAUUUAUGCAGAGCCUUUAGAAAAUCCUUAAGAUAUUGAUCUAUUAUACAAGGAAAAGUUUGAGGCAAAAGGUUUGUUGCCACCUGAUGAUCCAAAAAUCAGUAGUCUUUAUGUAUCCCACAUGUCAAAUGACAUCAAGGAAUCAGAUUUGAAGUACAAUUGAAUAUUAAAUAGACAUUUAUUUUCGAAAUAUGGGAAACUAAAUUCAAUUAAAAUAAUGGAACAUGGUCAAAGUUGUUUUAUCAAUUUUGCAAGAAGAAAAGAUGCAGAAACUGCUGUUAAUGCUUUAUAUAAUAAUAUAAUAAUAAAGGACGUCAUAUGCAAGAUUCAAUGGGCAAGAGCACCAAAUAAAAAGGUUCCAAUUAAAGGUAUAUUUGUUUAAUAAUGAUAAAUAGAUUUAAUACAAUCCUUAUAGCCAGAAGAGAAUAAUAAAGCUCAUCCUCCUUAAGCUCCACCAUAGAAUAUUGAUAAACGCUAGCAAACUGAAGAUAAGUAUGUUACAUAUAUAAGUUUAGUUUGCUGAUUGGAUUGCUUAAUUAGUAAAUGACCUAUCCAAAUUAAAAUCCAUAUUAAAAAGGCGGUGUAAAUAAUAAAGGAUUAUGAUAAUAUUAUUCUAUUACAUGGUAUUAGUACAACAAUUUAAUUUAUAC